AGUCAGACGCUGUGACGCCCGCCCCCUGCAGCCUGUGCUGCAGCCGCUGUCCACCGGAGGGGGGCGAAUCCACGUCAACCUGUUGUUUGUCCAGUCCCUAUUGAUCAAGUCAGAGCCACAAGGAAGUGCGGCACCCACACGCGCUUGGAAAGUUCAGCACGCAGGAAGUUUUGGGAUAGCUGGCCCAGUAGCUGGGCGGCCCGGGAGGGGCAGCUCGGAGCGCCGGGCAGCACAGGCGGUGAAGGCGCGGGGCUGCACAGUAGAAGUUCACUGACCCAAGCCUGUGGGCUUUUUUGUUUAUUUACUUUUGGAGCGACGCUGUCCCUAGGUCGCUGAUCCCAAAUGCACCGGCUCGUCUUAGCCUCCAUUCUCCUGUGCUCGAACUUUUGCUGCAAUCGGGACACUUUUGCGACUCCGCAGAGCGCAUCCAUCAAAGCUUUGCGCAAUGCCAACCCCAGGAGAGAUGAGAGCAAUCGCCUCACAGACUUGUACCGGAGGGAUGAGAACGUUCGGGUGACAGGCAGUGGUCACGUGCAGAGCCCUCGCUUCCCAAACAGCUACCCAAGGAACCUGCUUUUGACAUGGCGGCUCCACUCCCAGGAGAAAACACGGAUACAACUGGCCUUUGACCACCAGUUUGGACUAGAGGAAGCAGAGAAUGACAUCUGUAGGUAUGACUUUGUGGAAGUUGAAGAUGUCUCUGAAAGUAGUACUGUUGUCAGAGGAAGAUGGUGUGGCCACAAGGAGAUACCUCCAAGGAUAACUUCAAGAACAAACCAGAUUAAAAUCACAUUUAAGUCUGAUGACUACUUUGUGGCAAAACCUGGAUUCAAGAUUUAUUAUUCAUUUGUGGAAGAUUUCCAACCUGAAGCAGCCUUAGAGACCAACUGGGAAUCAGUCACAAGCUCUUUCUCGGGGGCGGCCUAUCACUCUCCGUCAGUAACGGACACCACCCUCACUGCUGAUGCCCUGGACAAAACUAUCGCAGAAUUUGAUACCGUGGAAGAUCUGCUUAAGUACUUCAAUCCAGGGUCUUGGCAAGAUGAUCUGGAGAAUUUGUAUCUGGAUACCCCUCAUAAUAGAGGCAGGUCAUACCAUGACCGGAAGUCCAAAGUGGACCUGGACAGGCUCAAUGAUGAUGUCAAGCGUUACAGUUGCACUCCCAGGAACCACUCUGUGAAUCUCAGGGAGGAGCUGAAGCUGACCAAUGCAGUCUUCUUCCCACGAUGCCUCCUUGUGCAGCGCUGUGGUGGCAACUGUGGUUGCGGAACUGUCAACUGGAAGUCCUGCACAUGCAGCUCAGGGAAGACAGUGAAGAAGUAUCACGAGGUAUUGAAGUUUGAGCCUGGCCAUUUCAAGAGAAGGGGCAAAGCUAAGAAUAUGGGUCUUGUUGAUAUCCAGUUGGAUCAUCAUGAGCGAUGUGACUGUAUCUGCAGCUCAAGACCACCUCGAUAAAACACCAUGCACAUCUGUACUUUGAAAGGACCUUUAGGUUAAGAAAACAUGGUAAGGGACCCUUGUCCCAUGCUCAAGAGCCUAAAUUGCUUCUAAUCUACAGUGCAAUAAAUACAUAUAGAAAUGUUGCUUUGUUAGUGCUAUCACAAGAAGAAGCAUAUAUCAUAGAUUUCUCUAUCCAUAAACAUAAUAAUUCACUUAUUAAUGGUCUGUGAAGAUAUGUAUAUAUACCCACAUACAUGUCUAGCUCUAUGUGUGUAAAUAGAUGAAAUACUUUAUUCAGUAUAUUUACUGAGGUCCUCCAGAGACAAAUGAUUAGAUUACUACUUGAUAUUUUGCUAAAACAAGGAAAUGUGUCAAAUAUAUAAAACAUCUUUUAAGAAAUCCAAAAGAUAACUGUAUUCUAAAACUUUCUAUGACAAAUGUAUCAGAUCUCGCUCACUUAAAGAAGACAUUUGUCCAUUAAAUAAAAGAUGAGACUAUCUUAUGUGUACACCUUAAUUAUAUGAAGAAAAAUACAUAGUUUCUGGCAAUAAAAACAGUUCUGAAAUAUUUUCUUCAUGAGAGGCACUACUCACCUACAAUAGACAGUAUCUGUCUCCACCACUAUACCAAAGUAAUACAGGAUAUUUGACAGUCAAGUCAUUAAGUCCUCUUUUAUGUAUUUUCCUAAUGCAAGCUAACUUCCUGAACACCCGUCUCAGUGAAUUGCUCAGGGACUUGUGAUAAGAGGCAAGCAACAGAGUGCAGCAGAAUUUUUGAAUCUUUUUAUUCUAAAAUCUGGACAAAAGCAAGUGUUUUCAGGAAGAGGAUGCUAUUUCACCCGAGCUUUUCAACAUGAUAGUCAUGGUAGAUUUGGAUGGUAGAAAGUCAGAAAUUAGCAAAUAUUGACAUAACUGGAAAUCAAAUGAGCUGUUUGUUAAGGUCCAUAUUUUAAAAUGUGUCUAAUUCUUCUAAACUGUGCCAAUAAUUUUUCUGUGCUUUGCUCUUGCAUUUCUGUGUUUUCAAUAUAUAUAUACAUGAACUUAUAUCAUGCUAUAUGAGACAAGUGAUCAUGGAAUAUUUAUAGCCUAAAAGUAUUUAUGUAUUAACAAAAUGGUUAGAGCCAGAUAUAACUUGUGGAGGCGGCAUAGAUUUGGUCUUGCCGUCCCACUGGGAAGCGUUGUGUUCUGGUUAUUGGUAGUGAAUUAAGUUUCCUUAGUGGCUCCUCUAUAGCUACUCUAAAGGGAGUCCAGAAGCAGGAAGUUGUUCAUUGCUCUCCCAACAAGAUGUUAGGAAGGAAUCCUGGAAUCAAGUUAGCUUGGUUCUGUACCCAGGAAACUACAUUUUUUUUUCCUACUGUUUCGAGAAUAGAAAAGAAAACUGAUUUCUCCUGUGAGUUCAACACUACCCUGAGCAUAGAGUGUUUUGUUUCUGGAUCUGUGAACAGGCUGCUUUCAUCCAGUGUCAGACGGAAUAGCUCAUAAACACUUACAUUGCUAAGCAUGAUGCUGUCUCAGCCAAGUUAACAGCUGUGCUCAACAAAUCUGCGCUGACACAUAUAUUCUAAAGGUUCUAUGCAAUCAAAUUACCUGUCAGUUCUACUUAAAUGACUAUUAAAAUUAAAUAGUACAUUGUUAAGUGUCAGGCAUGCCACAGAACAAUGAGAAGUAAGCCAGGCCCACAAUCAAGAGCCAUUUUUCCUCCAUGGCCAUUUGCAAUUUUCCUAUGAACCAAUGGCUCCUGAACAAAAACCAAACCAUCUAUUUACACUAUAAAGGGUACAGUUCAACCACAACUAUAAAUACAAAACAGAGUGUACAUCAAUAAACCUUCUAGGUGGUGGUACCCAAUUAAAGCCUUAGCUAUACUUUUUAUUUAUUAGCUUCAAUGCAAACAGAUGUGUACUCCUAUGUUGCCUUUUCUUUCAUGAGCACUUUAUUAAGGCCAAUCCCUUGGUUAUAUGUCAUCUAUUGCACAUACAACAUGUAAUAAAUAAAUGUUUCAUUGCCAUCUAAAGAGAAAGAAUAAAAAAUAAACCAUUGAACAUAUUUUAUUUCAAAACAAACUAACCAAUACCCAGAUAUGCAUAGCUCACUCAACCAGAAUGCCUUUUAUUCAAUAUGGUCUUAUAGGGUAGAAAACUUUCAUAAGUGGAGACUUGAUUAAAAAAUUUUAUUUACCCAAAUACACUCUAACAGGGCAUCAGAUCCUGUAACAGAUAGUUGUAAGACACAAUGUGGCUGCUGGGAUUUGAACUCAAGACCUCUGGAAAAGCAGUCAGUGCUCUUACCUGCUGAGCCAUCUCUCCAGCCUGAGUGGAAGCUUUUAUGUUUUUUUUGUCAUAUCACUAACAUUCAGCGUUUCCUCUCACAGUAUUUUCUAUUGAAAUGUAAUGUGCCUCUUAUCUUAUAAGAAAAUAAA